AUGGCAGGCCCAGAAGCAGAAACUCCUUUGCUUUCCGAUAAUACCUCUGGAAAUAUAGUUUCGGUGACCAUUUGCGGUGUACCUAUGAGCUUAGAUGAAAAUCCGAAUGAUACAAAGAACGUCAGCAAGGAUAAAGCAAGCAGUAAGAACAAUAAUGAUAAUAAUAAGGAAAAGUGUAACUCGUUGACAGCCAAGAAGCCCCCUAAACCUCCACGCCCAGCAAAAGGAUUGUCGUUGGAUGCGGCUGACCGGAAGCUGAUCAAGGAAAUUUCUGAACUUGCAAGGAUGAAACGUGCGAGGGUUGGGCGUACAAAGAAAAUGAAAGCUGCAAAGGAGCACUCAUCCUUUGCGGUACCAUUUGGCGUGAACUUGAUUGCUGUGGUGUUCACCAUUAUCUUCUGCAUUGUGGUCAUUUAUCAAGGUUGCCAUUCUUCAGGAAUUUCUUCUGGAAAUAUAUCACCAUUACCAGCUAUACCCGUCGAGGGUUCACAUAAGCCGACUGGCACUUUGGGUAAUACUAUUGUAUUGAAGGACCAGCGGAAUUUCUCCUCUAGUGGUGUACCAUUAAGCAGUGUUGAAUCUCCAGAGUAA